AUGCUUUUGCUCGAUACCGGAGAGAUUGUAUCCGACCAUGAGGAGGAGACCGAACCGGUCUUUGACGAGGAAGAGACCGAGGAGCGAGCUGUGUCAGGAGAGCUGCUAGUAGCUCGGCGCAUUCUAAUAGCACAAGAACGGAUCAAGGAGGAAGAUCAGAGGGAAAACUUGUUCCACACCCGGUGCUUGGUCCAAGGAAAGGUGUGCAGCUUGAUAAUCGAUGGAGGGAGUUGCACCAACGUGGCCAGUACUAACAUGGUCGACAAGCUGGGUUUGGAAACCCGUAAGUACCCUCACCCCUACAACUUACGGUGGCUCAACAACCAGAGGAAACUCAAGGUCACUAAGCAGGUCACCGUACCAAUUGUCAUCGGACGAGGACGGUCGUGGCAGUUCGACAAGAAGGAGAUCUAUGACGGUUUUUCAAACAAACAUACCUUUGAGCACCAAGGCCGUAAGAUCGUUCUAGCACCCUUGUCACCACACGAGGUCUAUCUUGAUCAGGUCAAAUUGGAGCAAAACUCCAAAGGUAAAAACAUUUUGAGCGAUCCCCAAAACACUUUACACCAAAAAAGAGAGUCUGAGAAGAACCUAGAAAUGGCCUGUGAGGGAAAUCCCGUGAGUAAAGAAUCUUUUCUUGUGAGGCCUAACAAGAAUCUCUCAUGUUUUGCAGUAGUUCGCCGAAUCUUCCCGGAAGACGACCCAGGUGGUUUACCACCCAUCCGAGGAAUUGAGCACCAAAUUGACUUUGUACCCGGAGCCACCCUUCCUAACCGACCAACCUACCGAACUAAUCCAGUUGAAACCAAGGAGCUUCAAAGAGAGGUGGAUGAGCUUCUGGCCAAGGGAUAUAUUCGUGAGAGCAUGAGUCCAUGCGCCGUACCGGUCUUGCUCGUGCCUAAGAAGGACAAAACUUGGAGAAUGUGUAUUGAUUGUCGGGCCAUCAACAACAUCACGGUUAAGUAUCGCCAUCCUAUCCCUAGGCUAGAUGACAUGCUAUAUGAGCUGUAUGGUGCAUGCAUAUUUUCUAAAGUUGAUUUAAAAAGCGGCUAUCACCAGAUUAGGAUGAAAGAAGGUGAUGAAUGGAAAACGGCUUUUAAAACUAAGCAUGGCCUUUACGAGUGGCUUGUCAUGCCUUUUUGA